AUGAUCCACCGCGAAGUAGCCGAUGGUCUAGAGCGUCUUUGGAACGUAAGAGUAAACUGCAUAUGGGAAGCCGAUGAAAGUAGUCGCCAUGGAGAGGUUUAUAUAUUCGACCAUGUAUUUAAGCAGGAAUGUACAAAUUCAGAUGUAUAUGGAUCUGUAGUAAAACCUUUAGUCGAUUCCUUCAUGGAAGGUUUCAAUGCCACAAUAUUUGCAUAUGGCCAAACAUCUUCUGGCAAAACACACACCAUUUUGGGCAAUAAAACAGAUCCUGGGCUUUUCCAAUUAGUAUCCAAUCAGUUAUUCCAGCAUGUGGCAGACCAGGUUGAUAAGAGGUACUUGAUUAGAUGCAGUUAUAUUGAAAUCUACAAUGAAAAGAUCAAUGACCUCCUGGAUAAGAGCAAUCAGGGUUUAACUAUAAGAGAAGAUAUCAAAGGAAAUGUGCUGCUUGAUGCAAGGGAAGCUGUCGUAGACAAUGUUGAUAAAGUUAUGGAGAACAUGAUGCAGGGCAAUAAGAUCAGACGAGUUGCAGCUACUCGCAUGAAUGAGAGGUCAUCUCGAUCACACACGAUUUUCCGGAUUAUUCUGGAGUCGAAAGAUGCCAAUCAGAAAGAUGGACCUGUACAUAUAAGCUACCUUAACUUAAUGGACUUAGCUGGUUCUGAGAGAGUUUCUCUGACGAAAGCUGCUGGUGAGCGUCUUAAAGAGGGGGCUAACAUAAACAAAUCUUUGUCAGUAUUAGGAAAUGUGAUAAGGCAACUAAGCGAGGGGAAGGAGUUUAUCAGUUAUCGCGAUUCGAAAUUGACUAGACUGCUCUCACAGGCUCUUGGCGAUGUAUAUGGAUCUGUAGUAAAACCUUUAGUCGAUUCCUUCAUGGAAGGUUUCAAUGCCACAAUAUUUGCAUAUGGCCAAACAUCUUCUGGCAAAACACACACCAUUUUGGGCAAUAAAACAGAUCCUGGGCUUUUCCAAUUAGUAUCCAAUCAGUUAUUCCAGCAUGUGGCAGACCAGGUUGAUAAGAGGUACUUGAUUAGAUGCAGUUAUAUUGAAAUCUACAAUGAAAAGAUCAAUGACCUCCUGGAUAAGAGCAAUCAGGGUUUAACUAUAAGAGAAGAUAUCAAAGGAAAUGUGCUGCUUGAUGCAAGGGAAGCUGUCGUAGACAAUGUUGAUAAAGUUAUGGAGAACAUGAUGCAGGGCAAUAAGAUCAGACGAGUUGCAGCUACUCGCAUGAAUGAGAGGUCAUCUCGAUCACACACGAUUUUCCGGAUUAUUCUGGAGUCGAAAGAUGCCAAUCAGAAAGAUGGACCUGUACAUAUAAGCUACCUUAACUUAAUGGACUUAGCUGGUUCUGAGAGAGUUUCUCUGACGAAAGCUGCUGGUGAGCGUCUUAAAGAGGGGGCUAACAUAAACAAAUCUUUGUCAGUAUUAGGAAAUGUGAUAAGGCAACUAAGCGAGGGGAAGGAGUUUAUCAGUUAUCGCGAUUCGAAAUUGACUAGACUGCUCUCACAGGCUCUUGGCGGAAAUGUGCUGCUUGAUGCAAGGGAAGCUGUCGUAGACAAUGUUGAUAAAGUUAUGGAGAACAUGAUGCAGGGCAAUAAGAUCAGACGAGUUGCAGCUACUCGCAUGAAUGAGAGGUCAUCUCGAUCACACACGAUUUUCCGGAUUAUUCUGGAGUCGAAAGAUGCCAAUCAGAAAGAUGGACCUGUACAUAUAAGCUACCUUAACUUAAUGGACUUAGCUGGUUCUGAGAGAGUUUCUCUGACGAAAGCUGCUGGUGAGCGUCUUAAAGAGGGGGCUAACAUAAACAAAUCUUUGUCAGUAUUAGGAAAUGUGAUAAGGCAACUAAGCGAGGGGAAGGAGUUUAUCAGUUAUCGCGAUUCGAAAUUGACUAGACUGCUCUCACAGGCUCUUGGCGAUGUAUAUGGAUCUGUAGUAAAACCUUUAGUCGAUUCCUUCAUGGAAGGUUUCAAUGCCACAAUAUUUGCAUAUGGCCAAACAUCUUCUGGCAAAACACACACCAUUUUGGGCAAUAAAACAGAUCCUGGGCUUUUCCAAUUAGUAUCCAAUCAGUUAUUCCAGCAUGUGGCAGACCAGGUUGAUAAGAGGUACUUGAUUAGAUGCAGUUAUAUUGAAAUCUACAAUGAAAAGAUCAAUGACCUCCUGGAUAAGAGCAAUCAGGGUUUAACUAUAAGAGAAGAUAUCAAAGGAAAUGUGCUGCUUGAUGCAAGGGAAGCUGUCGUAGACAAUGUUGAUAAAGUUAUGGAGAACAUGAUGCAGGGCAAUAAGAUCAGACGAGUUGCAGCUACUCGCAUGAAUGAGAGGUCAUCUCGAUCACACACGAUUUUCCGGAUUAUUCUGGAGUCGAAAGAUGCCAAUCAGAAAGAUGGACCUGUACAUAUAAGCUACCUUAACUUAAUGGACUUAGCUGGUUCUGAGAGAGUUUCUCUGACGAAAGCUGCUGGUGAGCGUCUUAAAGAGGGGGCUAACAUAAACAAAUCUUUGUCAGUAUUAGGAAAUGUGAUAAGGCAACUAAGCGAGGGGAAGGAGUUUAUCAGUUAUCGCGAUUCGAAAUUGACUAGACUGCUCUCACAGGCUCUUGGCGAUGUAUAUGGAUCUGUAGUAAAACCUUUAGUCGAUUCCUUCAUGGAAGGUUUCAAUGCAACAAUAUUUGCAUAUGGCCAAACAUCUUCUGGCAAAACACACACCAUUUUGGGCAAUAAAACAGAUCCUGGGCUUUUCCAAUUAGUAUCCAAUCAGUUAUUCCAGCAUGUGGCAGACCAGGUUGAUAAGAGGUACUUGAUUAGAUGCAGUUAUAUUGAAAUCUACAAUGAAAAGAUCAAUGACCUCCUGGAUAAGAGCAAUCAGGGUUUAACUAUAGAGAAGAUAUCAAAGGAAAUGUGCUGCUUGAUGCAAGGGAAGCUGUCGUAG